GUGCGGACGGAGGCGGCGGCGGGACCAGCCCGUUCCCGGUGCGGGGCUCGGGAGCGGCUCCGGGAGCGGGCCCGGGGAGCGCCCGGCUCUCCUCACGGCGCUCCCGCACUGCCACCACUCCAUGUGAUGUCCAGGGUCAGAAAUGCCUUAUGUGGAUCGCCAGAAUCGCAUCUGUGGUUUCCUAGACAUUGAGGAAAAUGAGAAUAGUGGGAAAUUCCUGCGGCGGUACUUCAUCCUGGACACACGGGAGGACAGCCUGGUGUGGUACAUGGAUAACCCACAGAAUCUUCCCUCUGGAUCUCCACCUGUUGGGGUCAUUAAACUUACCUAUAUUUCAAAGGUUAGCGAUGCAACUAAGCUGAGGCCAAAGGCAGAGUUCUGUUUUGUUAUGAAUGCAGGGAUGAGAAAAUACUUUCUACAAGCCAAUGAUCAGCAGGACCUAGUUGAAUGGGUAAAUGUUCUGAACAAAGCUACCAAAAUCACAGUACCAAAGCAGUCUGAUCCUCUCUGCCAAAUGGAUAAUGCAAAUCGUCAAGCUGAGAGCCCAGGUGGAAAGAAGCAAGUUUCUUACAGGACAGAAAUUGUUGGUGGUGUUCCCAUCAUUACACCCACUCAGAAAGAAGAAGUCAGUGAGGGCAGUGAAGGGGCUGACAGGAAUUAUUUGAAGCGGUCACAAAGCCACCUUCCUUAUUUUGCUGCUAAGCAUCCCCCAGAUAAUGCCAUUAUCAAAGCUGGCUACUGUGUCAAACAAGGAGCAGUGAUGAAGAACUGGAAGAGAAGAUACUUUCAAUUAGAUGAAAACACAAUAGGAUAUUUCAAAUCUGAACUGGAAAAGGAACCUCUCAGGGUUAUACCACUUAAGGAGGUCCAUAAAGUUCAGGAAUGCAAGCAGAGUGACAUAAUGAUGAGAGACAAUCUCUUUGAAAUUGUAACAACUUCUCGAACCUUUUAUGUGCAGGCAGACAGCCCUGAGGACAUGCACAGCUGGAUCAAGGCCAUUUCUGGAGCCAUCGUGGCCCAGCGGGGACCGGGCAGAUCGGCAGCUUCCGUGACUCUAAUCUUAGCUUUGCACUGUGUUCCAGAUGCGGCAGGCCAGAAGGCUGUCGAAUCCUUGUAUACAGAGGAGCAUCCCGAGCCUUCUCCCGAACCCGGCCAUGCUGUCCGUGCUGCCGGCCCAGGCGCAGGCAGCUCACAUUCCACAGCCCCUCACAGCAGCCCUGUGGUCCCAGCCCCUCACCCCAAACCCCCUGCCUUGGAGAAGCGAGGAUUUCACGAGUCUUUUACCAAGGCCAAACCAAGGAGCUACAAGAUCCAGGCUGUCGCUCCAAGAGAAUCAACUUCCAAAGUGACUGAGCGGGGCCCCUGGGAACCCCGCAGCAAAAAUGGCACUCAGGAACAGGAUCCUGGCCUUGUGGAUCUGGAUGAUGCAAGCCUUCCAGUCAGUGAUGUGUAGGGAUGGAAGUGUUUGGAGAAUGAUCCAUUUGUUCGGUCCUUUAAUUUCCUUGCUCGGACUUUGAACCAAAGAAAAUUCCAGGAAAUGAGAACAAGAAAAAAAAAAAAAAAAAGCAAACCAACUGGAGCACUGCUGUUAUAUAUAUGUGUGUGUGUGUGUUCCUGUGCACACAUGGGUAUAUAUAAUGUGUUUGUGUGUUGCCUUUCAGCUGAGGGUCAGAGAUGGACCUUAGGCAUUUUCUCAAAGCCUGAUAGUAAAUCACUUACUAGGGAGGGGCCAAACUGCACAGUUUAGGAAAAAAAAAAACCCAACCCAAAAUGCAUUUGAAAAAAAAAGUACUUCUGCAAGUAAGCAAGGUACCAGCAACUUCUAAUUCCUAAUCUGGCAGGUUUACUAAAUUUACAACUAAUGCUCUAUUUUGGAGAACUCGUUGCCAACAAAUGUGAUUAUUUAAUUUCAUCUUAAACUACAGUAAGAUUUUAGGCAUGUAUGAGAACAUUUUCUCUCCGUGACUUUCAGAUACCAGGAAAUGCACAAAAUGUUUCUUCUGUUCUUUAGGAUCAACAGUGUCAACUGAUUUGUUAUCAGAACAAGAAUUCUGAACUCCCUUGGAAUUCUAGUUAUGGUGCUGUAAAAUUUCCACUAAAAUAAUAUUUUGAAUAGUCAGCCUAUUUUUGAUGCACUCCUAAAGGUGGAUUAUAACUUUUUGCACAUUUGGAUUUCCAUGGACUGCAUGUAGUGGUGUUUUGGAGGGGGGAAGAAGAGAAUUUGGACUUUGGAAUUUGGACACUUUAGAUCUUUUUAACUAAGUAGGGUUUAUGUUGUGUUACAUUAGGCUUUGCAGCAAUUAUGUUUUCUUAAAUGUUUCAAUGUUAAUUGUUUGGUUACUGUUUUGAGAAUGAUUUCCUUCCCAGUGCUUUGUGAACAGUUCUUGUUCCUGUAUUGAUCAGUGGAAGAACUCCUUUAGUUGUGUUGUUAUUGGUACUGAAACUGUUCCUAGUCCUGCAAUCGUGGCCUAUAACUUUUGGUGCACUAAGAAUCUGAAGUGCCUGUGUUUUCUCUCACAUUGUUAAAACACUUUUGGGUUAGUGAUGUACACAGACCAUUCUUACUGGGUUUGAGGGUUGGCUUGGAGUUGCUCUGGAUAGCAUAGUUUGAAACAGCUCUUUAAAACAAGGUUUAUGCCAGGGGUACCAGUGUUCUGGUGUGGCACCCACUGCUGUGCAAUAUGUGUUCUUAAAAAGUGAGUAUUUGUUGUUUGUGUGCAUUGUGUUAUGGGGCAUCAGUGAUGCCAGCGAGGAGAACCUUUACAUUUCAAGUAUUGGAUUAGAUGGUGUGUACUUUUCAUCAUUUUUGAAAAAAAAUGUUUGCUUUAAUCCCAACCCCACAAAUAUCUCAUGCUGCUGCUUACUGUGAUCCCGACUGUCCAGCUUUGUGAGACUUUUUGUCUACUGGAA